ACUUUUCUUUCACAAAUGUCCACAAGAUUUGUUUGCUUCCUCCUUAGAGUCCCACUGGCCGAUCGGUGGGCGUGAUGAUCGAGCUGUGAAGGCUCAGUCAUCUGUUUCGAUUUUACCAGAGCACCACGACACCAGCAUUGCUCGACCCCCCCCCCCCCCCCGCCGUCGUAUUUUUCGUGCCCGGUGUGCGGCUCACCGCUGAUCCGCGAUUCCAGAACGAUCGACGACGAUGGAGCUACUUAGCUCACCGAGUUAUCAUUUUAUUUCACCAUUAGCCAGAUCAAGAAGCGAUGUACGCUCGACAUCAAUGAAAAGGUCAAGUUCAUUCUCCGGAACUGGAUCACUUUCCUAUAGCCCGUCAAUGACUCGAUAUCGUCCCAGUUAUGGUUACGGUGGCGGUUAUAUGGCUAGAAGUUUAAGCCGAAGUGGAUCUUCAUUGUUCGGUCGUUCUCUGGCGGCAACAGCUCUAACAAAAACGUCACCAUUGCAUAAUGUCGGAGUACAGCUAAGUACACCACAUUUUACGGACAAAUACCCUUAUGUACGGUAUAGUUACGGGAACACGGACACUGCCCUAGGCAUCAAAACACAAUCCGAAUCAGCGUACUCUCGUACCUCCGCCAUUCGAGACAUUGGUACAAAAAGAUGGUUAGAGGGUAAAUUGACCUCCUAUAAUCCAUCACAAUUCCAAAGGCCUGUUUAUAACUCACAUCUCGAACGUGCUUAUACGCCUCAGAGAAGCUAUAUACGUUAUAUGCCUCUCGACGAUGCUGUCGAUAUGUAUAAAAAGCGGUGCAUGACUGUUGGGACCUUGUCGAAGUACUGGCUCUCACCAGCCACAUGGGCUUCACGGCGAGAGAAGGAGAUGAAUCUAUCAUCAUCUCUUAGUCGUGGGAAUUACGACUAUGCCAACAGAUACAACAGGUUUACCAGCCGUUUGUACUCAUAAACAACAAGCAAGGCCAUCGCCGUUUCCUCUCAAUGGAGCACACUGCACUCAAGUUUUCGACCUUUCAGAAGUUUAUUCCUAUGCUCAUAUCUUUCCAGAAAGUUUCUUUCUGUUAUUGAAUGAAGAUUCUUG